AUAAUCUUAAGCAUAAGUGUAAUAAUCAUCUUUAAAACUAAAAGUUAAAAAUUAAAAACAAAAUUGUGGUUAAGUGAAAAUAUAUAUUAAUGCAUCAAAUACCUAGGAAAAGAAUAGGCAAAUAUUUGCCUCACAUGAGAUAGUGAUACAUUAAGUGUUCUAGAAAAGGGCAAAAAGUUGCCACACAAUGACAACACCACAAGAUUAGGCGAGGGAGCUUGUCAUAGCUUAAGUUUUUCUAACAUUAAGAGUUAGUCAUAUCUAUUAAAGGUGAUUUUUAUUGUCUUUUGAAUCUAUCAACUGUGGAUGCAGAUUAUUAUUUAAAUAUAUAAAUAUAUAUUUUUUGUAAAUCAUGUAUGCUUGUAAUCAAGUAAAUAAGAUUAACUCUGCCUCUUCUACCAAAUGGGGUUUCGUUACCACAAGAAUAAUAAGUUGUUAUGUAACAAUACUUAUAAAAAUAAAACAAAAAAUAUAUUUUUAAAACGAGUUUGUAUAAAAAUUAAAAAAAUACAUAAUCUAUUUUGUUAAUUGUCAAAAAAUUUCAAAUGAAUUAGUUUUUAUGUUUUUUACUUUUUAAUUGUUGGUUUAGAAAACUUAAAAUAAGUAAAAAUUAGCAAUAAUAAAUUUCAACUUCUUUAAAAAAAAUAAACAAGAAAAAGAGCUGUGCCAAACGGCAACGGCAGGAGGCAAACGGCUUCGACCUCCUGAAAAUGGCGAGAGGGCUUUGUUCCCGCCGUUUUCUCCUUCCAUCUCUCUUCGCUAUCACAGAAACCCAAUUGCAGAUUCCAAAAUCACCUUUCAGAUUCCAGCCUCCUCAUGGUUCUGCGUUGAUCAGUUCGAGAAAUCCAGUUAAUUCGUGCGCGGUCUUUCAAGCAUCACGGUCAUAUGCUCGUAAUGGACGCCCACAUUAUGAUCUCUUUGGGAAUAGAAGACCAGGAGACGAGGAAUUCAGCAAAGCCUGGCAGAAAGAAAUGGAUGAAGAGAGCUCCCUGUGGACAGCAAGUGAGGAUGAAAGUGACAGUGAACAAGGCCGUGAUCGACUUGAAGAAGAAAUCAGGAGAGUCAAACAACAGGCAAAGGAGCAUUCUGACCUCAUCGAUGGUGAUGACAGUGAUGAGUUGAGAAGUGUAUGGUCUGGAAGUGACGAGGAGAAGACUUUGUGGACUGGUGAUGAAGAUGAUGAUGAUGACGAUAUUCCAACGGAAGCCUACCCAAAUGAGAAAAGUGAUGCAUAUAUAGAUAAAUUGUUCGAGUUUGAGGAAGCCCCGAAAUAUCGGACACUUUCAGAGCUACUGAAAGCGGAGCAGGAACCAGAGGAAUUGUCCCCAGGGAAACAAGCUAGAAAAAUUGCAGUUGAGAAUGCCCUGAGGAAGUUGAAGAAGGGGCCAGAUGGGCGGUAUACAAAUGUCUGGGAGGUCAUGAGUGAUUUGGACAUUUUGAUAGGAGCAUUUGAAAACAUUAUUUCAGGGCCAGAGUAUGCAGAACUUAGACAGGGAGGGCCUAAGAGAUUAAAUAUCGAGUUCUUCAAGGACAUACAAGCAAAAAUGAGGGAUCCAAACUAUAAGUUCUCGCCAGAGUUGAAGUUGAAACCAAAGAGCAAGCUGGUCCCAAGAAAGAAAUGGCAGAAAGGAGAAUCGAGACGAAGGAAAGCACGGAAGCGCUAAGGUGUAGUGUUUGUCCUUUGGAUUGUUUUAGAAUUGUCAGGAUGACGUGGCUCUGUUGUCCUGAAAGCCCACCAGCAUUUUCAUCUUAUCAAGGAAUCCUAACGGGCUGAAAAACAUCUUAUAUUUGUCUUCCAACACAUCUGAACCCAUUUAGAGUGUAUGUGUAGUGCAGUAUCUUAUACAAUCCUGCUGCAGCACAAAGCAUCUGCAAUGAAACAGAAAAUAACAAAGGAAAGCACAUCCAUGACAAGCAGAAAGCAGCAUCCAGCAUCGCAUUAACUAGGUGUUAUUACUCUGAUUGAUGGAUGCGUUAAAACUGUGAUUUCAGAGUAUACAACGUAUCUGAACUUUUUUUUUUUUUUUUUAUAUACUUGGCUUAGUAUACUUUUUUCUUGUGUUGGGGUCCUUGGGGAUCUCAAGACUGUAUUCUGCUACUCCAAAAAGGAAAAUUCAAACAAAAUU